AUGUCGUUCAAAGAAUUAUUAAUAGAAAUCGGUCCAGAAAAUUUGUUGCCAGAAAAAUUAUUACCAAGCUUGUUGGAAAUCAAACCAAAUGAAAUAGACCAAGGUAUAGCUUUAAUAUUGGCAGAAAUAUUGAUUCCUGGCUCACAAGGAUUGUCACAAGGAUUGACAUUUGUCAAUACAUUACCAGAAGCCAACGCCAAAGGUGCACAAUUACAAGCAUGUUUCAAAGCUAUUGAAAGCUCAGGGAAAUUUAACGUAAAUUGGUAUGAAGUAUUUAAUUAUGUACAUCAAUAUUUAUUUGACUCAUCACAAAGAGACAUACAACCUUCAGUUAUCAGUGUCACUCAAUUUUUAUCAUCCUUAGAUUUCAAGCAAGAACCAAUUGAUAUAUUUUUGAAUUAUGAAUGGUGGUUUAACAAGACCUUAUUGUACAUAUUGCAUUCACUGGACGCCUCCCAAGGUGGUUAUGAUAUUUCAUUGCUGAAUCAUUUAGCAUACUGUUUUGAUGAAGAUAAGAAUAUCCCACAAACUAGAAGAAAUAUUUUGAAGUUCAUCAAUGUGGGUAAAUUAGAGCUUCAAGUAAUUACCAAGAUCCAACAACAACAACAACACCAGCAAUUGAGUGAACAAGAUAGAAAAUUAAACCCAUUUUUGAACCAACUUUUUGAACACGACUAUCGUGUUUUCCCAGAGUAUAUCUUGGCUGCGGCAUUGACUGUUCUUGACAAGACUCAAUUUAUUAACGAUUUAAUUGAUACUUUAUUUUAUUUAUUGGUUGACAGUGCUAGUCCUGCUUUACCAAAGGUUAUUCGUUUACUCAUGGAAUCUGGUUUAGCUUCUACCAAGUUAUGUGACUAUUACAAGAGCAGAAAAACCGUAGAUGCUGCUGAUAAGGUUUUAUCCUUAGCUUCUACUGUUGGAAUUACUCAAGAUGUAUUGGAUGUUUUCUGGGCAAGCGACUUGAAAUUGGCCGUUAAACUUUUGAUAGAAUCAAGCCUUUUCGGCUACGAAUUUAAAUCUGUUAUUGAAGCUAAACUCAAUGAUCCACAACUCAAGCCAUCUGUUUACCAAGCGUUGGCUGAUGCAUUGGAUGAACGUGUCCAAAAGGACUAUGAACGUGGUCAACAAGUACAACAAGCACAGCAACUUCAACCACAACAAGUUUUACCUCCUCAUAGAGUGUUGAAGGUGCCAGUGGUUUACUACUUGCUUGAAAAGAUCAAAUCAAGUAAUGGUGUCAUUGAUGCUAAAAAGUUGAAGAAUCUUCAAUUAUUGUUGUUGACUACUUAUCCAAGAUUGAUUAAUUUCGGUAAUGGUCACGACGAAGCAAUCUUGGCCAAUGAAGAGAAGUCUCCAUUUUUCACCCCUAAUGUUGAAGUGGAAAUGAAAUCCUAUUACUCCAAGAUGUACAACAAGGAUCUUGAAAUAAAAGAAAUCGUGGAUAUGUUGACACAAAUGAAAUCUAGUGAUGAUCCACAUAGUCAAGAUGUUUUUGCUUGUAUGAUUCAUUCAUUAUUGGACGAGUAUAAAUUCUUUGCCGAAUAUCCAUUGUCAGCAUUGGCAUCAACUUCUUUGUUAUUUGGUGCACUUUUGGAAAAGGAUUUGAUUCAAGGUACUACCUUGACAGUUGCCUUGAAUUUCAUUUGGGAAUCUUGUAAUCAACCCCAAGAUUCACAUCUUUUCAAGUUUGCAGUACAAUCAUUGUACAAUUUCAAGUCCAGAUUGCACGAGUAUCCAAUUUAUUGUAAACAUUUAUUGGAGUGCCGUUCAUUGUCAGCUCAUGCGAAGAUGUACCAAAUUGUUAAAGAUGCGGCGAAUGGUAUUCCUUGCCCUACAGGAGGAGCUGCUCCUACCCAGACCUCAACACCAGAUGUGGGACCGAAAUAUCAAUCUAUUAACUAUGUUGAUAGAACCAUUGGUUAUGCUCCUCAAGAGGAACCACAAGAAGCUAUCAGGGACAAAUUGUUGUUUAGUGUUAAUAAUAUGACUGGUGAUAACUUGAGAUUGUCUGAAAUUCAAGAGGUUUUAACUGAGAGUUACUUUGCAUGGUUUUCCAAUUAUUUGGUUUCUGAUAGAGCCAAAGCAGAACCAAACAACCAUGAAUUAUAUGCGAAAUUAGUCAAGUCAUUGAAUAACCCAAUUUUCUUUGAAUACGUGAUGAAUAUCUCCUUGAGAGAAGUCGAUCAUAUUAUCCGGAAUUUCAAGGAUUCCAGAAAUGAAAGAAAUCAAUUGAAAAAUUUGGGUGCUUGGUUGGGUAGAAUCACAUUAGCUAAUGACAAACCAUUGAGACGUGAUUAUAUUGCAUUGAAAUUUUUAUUAGUUGAAGCUUAUGAUUUUAAAUCCUUGCCUUUAAUCAUUCCAUUUGUUUGUAAGAUUUUAGACCAAGCUCAGUAUUCCAAGGUCUUCAAACCACCAAACCCAUGGGUUUUGGGUGUCAUGAAGGUUUUGGCUGAAUUGUAUGAUUGUGCAGACUUGAAAUUGCAAUUGAAAUUUGAAAUUGAAGUUUUGUUGAAUUCAUUUAAUAUGAAGGUCAAAGAUAUUGAUCAAAGUACAUUGAUUAGAACCCAUAAUCCAGAUCCAACUGCAUUGGCUACCAUGUUUGGUAUCAAUGAUCAAUCUGUCAGUUUGGCUAAUGAAAUUGCUAAGUUAUCCUUAGAAGCUGCUCAACCAAUUAAUUCAAUCCAAGCUCCAUUCCCUCAACAACCACAACAAACACUCGAAUCCAAACAAUUUCCAGGUGUCACCCAACCUCAAUUACAAUCUCUAUUGCAACAGCAACAACAACAGCCACAGCAGCAAAUGCUCUUGCAACAGCAGCAACAACAACUUCCACAACAACAAAUCCAACAACCUCAACAAUCAGCAGAACCUACAUUGGACACCAGUUUCAGUACAUUAGUUGGAAACUCUAUUUUCAUUCAAAAUGCUAAUUUAAGAAGAGCUUUCCAAGCGUCAUUAUCAAGAGCUGUUAGAGAAUGUGCUGUUCCAAUUUUAAAUAGACUUUCAGAAACUGUUGUCACCACUACUGAAGCUUUAAUCAGAAAGGAUUUUGCUACCGAACGUGAUGUGAACAAAUUACGUAAGAGUUAUCAAAAGUUGGCUUUACAAUUGUCACAUUCUAUGGUCUUGUGCAGUGGAAGAAAGUUGUUAGCCGAAACUAUUGAAGCUACCAUGUUGCAAUUAUUGGGUAACAAUCCAAAUGAGAUUCCAAUUAUAGAAUUGAACAAUGCUAUUCAAGCUAAUGUUGGAUUAUGUGUUGACAUUGUUGAUAGAAUUGCCGCUGAAAAUAUUUCAGAAAUCAUUGAUGAGAAGAUGCAAAAGUAUGUUUUCUUGCGUGAACAACAUAAUGCAAUUCAUCCAAAUGAACCAUUCAUAGAAGAAGGUGCAACUGAAUAUUCCUUGAGAUUACCAGAUCCGUUAGGUUUGGCAGUUAAUGGGUUGAGUGGACAACAAUUGAGAAUUUAUGAUCAUUUUGGUGAAACUAGAGUUGACGAUGGUAUUCCGGCUCCAGCUCCACCUGGUUCUAUUCCUACCCAACCACAAGCACAACCUCAACACCCACAAGCUCAGCAGUUACCGUUGACUCAACAACAACAACCUCAACAGCCACAAUUACAGCAAGAUCUUCAACAAGGUAUUCCAGAGGAUGUCAUCUCGUUCGAGCAAUUGUUUGCGGCAAUUACUUCUAAUUGUGACAAGGCUAUUCAAUUACUUGCUGAAGUUACUGAAACUAAGUUGUCCGACUUACCACCAAAUCAUCCAAUCACAGCUGCUUUGACACAAGCAUUACUUAUUGCUCAAAGUAAUGCAAUUAAAUUUCCUGAAUUGUUAUUGAAGGCUGCUCAAUAUGCUGUUAAUUGUUUAUUUACUCAAACUCACGAGAAUCCAAUGAGUAACGAGAUUUAUGUUGUAAUUUUAGACAAGUUGUGUGAAUACUCACCAUCUACGGCUAAGGAUGUCACUUGGUGGUUAGUUCACUCUUCUGAUCAACGUAAAUUUAAUAUGCCAGUUAUAUUUUCUUUAUUGAAGGUUCAAUUGAUCCAACCAAUUAAAUUAGAUGCUUCUAUUGGCAGAUUAAUAAAGGAAACAAACAGUCCUGUCCUUGUCAAGUUUGCUGCAUCAUUAUUGGAGAAUGUUUUCAGUGCACAGGAUAUGCGUCCUAUUGCUUUGAGAUCAGAGUUUGCUAACACCUUAAAUGCAUUGAGUAAUUAUAAAGGAAAUGAACAGGAUGAAGAACAUAAAGAAGCCAAAAUGGCAGUUGAUAAAUUGUUUAAUGUUUUGAAUUCUGCAGCACCUGCUUCUAAUCAAUUGUAUGCUCAAUUAGGUUAUGUUUUUGCCGAGUGGGUAAGAUUAUUGACUCAUGGCGAUGAAGCAACUCAUCAAUUGCAAGUUGAAUUUGUUAAAGGCUUGAUUGAAUCAGGAAUUUUGAAGAAUCCUGAGAAUUUGAAGACAUUCUUUAAAGCUGCUAUUGAUAUAUCUGUUACUUCAUUUGCUGCCGAACAUGAAUUAAGAGCAAGAACCCAACACGAAUGUUAUUUGGCAGUUGAUACUUUGGCCAUGUUGAUUGUUAGAAUUGUUUUGUUGAUUGAGGAUAGCAAACAAGCCAUUGAUUAUUUGAAAAAGAUUUUGGGUAUAAUUACCGUGAACUUGAUUAAUGAUCAUGAAACCUCGAAGGCUAAUUGGAAUGAACGUGCUUACUAUAGAUUUUCCUCGUCAUUAUUGGCAACUUGGGCAGAUGCUUCUGUGUUGGAUGACGAAGCUACUACAGCUUUAGAUUCCGAUUUUUAUAAAUACAUCGGUGAAUUAUUUAAUGCAUUACAACCAAUUGUUUUGCCUGGUUUUACUUUUGCCUGGGUUUCAUUGAUUGCUCAUCGUAUGUUUUUGCCUAAACUUUUGGAAAUGCCAGAUAAGGAAGGAUAUGCUGUAUUGACGAAAUUAUUAAGUUCUGCUUUGAAGUUCCAAGAAAUUUACGGUAGUAAACAACAGCAACAACUUUUACAGCAGCAAAAACAAGAACAACAACAGGAACAAGAUUCUGACUUUCAGGGCCAAUCAAAGACAGAACCACCAAGUCCAGAGGCCACAGCUGUUGUUUACAAAUCCAUCUGCAGAAUAUUCAUUGGGUUAUUACAUGAUUAUCCAGAGUUUUUAGUUGAAUGUCAUUACCAAUUGAUAACUGCAAUUCCAAGAGGAUAUAUUCAAUUGAGAAAUAUUGUUUUGUCUGCAACUCCAAAGGAAGUUAACGUUCCAGAUCCUUUUACUCAAGGUUUGAAAGUUGAAAGAUUACCAGAGAUUAAUGAGCCGCCUGUUGUGUAUUAUAAACCAGUCGAAGAUUUAGGUAAAAUUGGUUUGAAGAAACCAGUCGAAAACUUUUUAAGAAUUCCGGCUCCGGGUUUAAUGAGAACUAUUUAUAAUGGGUUAAAGUUGAACCAACCAAAAGAAGUUAAUGAUUUAGGAUAUGAAGAAACUAUUAAUUUCAAUAUCAAAUUGAUCAAUGCUUUGGUAUUGCAUGUUGGCAUUUCAAGUGUUGCUGAUAGAUUACCAAAUAACCGUGGCUUUAAUACCAAAUCAUCCCAAGUUUCAUUGUUGGUUGAUUUGAUGAAUCAUGGUAAUUCCGAGUUCAAGUACCAUUUGAUCAAUGCCAUUGCCAAUCAAUUGAGAUAUCCAAACAGUCAUACUCAUUGGUUUAUUGGUAUUAUAUUACAUUUUUUCAGUAACAAUAACAUUUGGAACACUCCGGCUAAUAAAUUGGUGGUACAAGAGAUCAUAACCAGAGUGUUAUUAGAAAGAAGAAUUAGUAAUAAACCACAUCCAUGGGGGUUGACAAUAUUGUUUACGGAAUUGGUGAAGAAUGCUGAUUACGGAUUUUUUGAUCUUCCAUUUGUGCAAGAUUCAAUUGAAGAGAUCAAGAAUAUUUUUAAUGUUUUAAGUGUUAAUGUCAAAGGAUCGACUCCUUGA